GAGAAAGCACGUAUGUGACGCGCUCUCUUACGGCAGUAGCAGCAAACGGCAGUAUCAAAAUGGUCGUUGCUGAGAGUGCAGUUCGUGAGAGGAUGCCGACGCAUUAACUCUCCAAUUUCUUCUCUCUGUCUGUCUCUCUGUCUAUCUAUCAAACAAUAUUUCUCCUUUAACAUGAGGUGGUAUUUCGUAACAACAAGACCGAUAUGAUGGAGACCACCCUAAGCACGAUCAAUAAUACUGCGUUGGAUAUCUCAAAGAAAGCUCAAACAAAUUCUACCAUUAACAACAGUGCAGAAAGCAAUAUGGAAAAAAAUAUAAAAUCCUCAACAGCAGAUUUAUUUCCAUGGGUUUGUGAGUUUCAACAAAAAUUCGAAGUAAUAUAUCGGGACUUCAGUAUUCAUAAGCUAACCGAACUUAUGCAAUAUUAUACAAGAAAUAUAAGCGUCAGUGCAAAAGAAUGUUACUCAAAACCUUCAUGGGCAGCAUGCUUGAAAGAAUCAAUUAGUGAUACCUUAAUUGUAUUCUUAAAUAUCUACCGUAUGCUUUCAGAGAAUCAUGGUAGAUGUAUUUAUCUUAAUUAUAUGUCAGACUUAUUGGCAAUAUAUAUAGACAUAGAAUUAAAAGCAUCAAAAAGGACUAAGGAAGACCAGGGUAAUAUUUGUGCUAGGCUUAUUUCUUGUCUAUACGUUUAUCUUGAACAUUCCACGGAACAUUUGCUGGAUACUCUGAUAAAGGUGCAAUUUAUGUAUCGAAGUUACCAUGGGAUUUUAAAUCCAGUAAUAACGAAGAUUAUCAAAAAUAUUCCCUUGCAUCCAGAAUCAAACAUCAUGUACGUGCGUUACUUACUUGUGUAUCGUCUAUGGAGGAAAAUAAAUAGUAACACGCCAAUAAAAAAUGAAAUCACUUCAAUUGCGGUUACUUCUCUUGGGCCCCCACCUACAUUUCCACAUUUAUUGGAUGGUGUAUUACCAAAAGUGCCAAAGUUUCAACCAAACCCCGCUAAAUUACUUUUACACGACAAAUUUGACACAAGAAGGACUUGCGAAGUCUUUGUACAAUUUUCUAAAGAAAGUAAUAAAAAUAUAUAUAAAGAAUACAGUAAGGAUGUAAGAGACACUACGAGUUCAUCCAGUAUAUGUGAUAUAGAAAAGGACGUUGAUCUAACUCCUAAAAACGUAGACAAUUUUUAUAAUAACGUCAAUUCUAAUUUAUCUGAUAACGGUAGUUGUAGUAACAUUAUUUCCUCGCAUAACUCUUGUAAAUCUGUAACUAUGGCAGACGAGACACGUUUGAAAAAUUUAGGUAAAAUUUCAGAUAAUAUUUCUACCAAUCGUAAUGUUCCCAAAUUAUUUACGAAAAUUAAAUCUUUUUCUCAAAGAAAGUCGAAAAAACCUCAAAAAGUUAUACUCAUUGAUCUAACGAGUGACGUAGAGCUUGAAAAAUGCCUGGUAAACAAGAGAAGAUCAAAGAAACCUGCGUGGUUGGAAGAAGCCAAAAAACAAAUAGGUUUGAAAUCAAUGAAAACAUCUAUGAAGAUGAAAAGUAGAAUACAGAAGAAGUUGGAUAAUACCACUUCAUCGAAGUUCGAAGCGGAAAGUGAUUAUCAAUUGCAAAAUACAUCAUUAAAGACUCCUAAAAUAACUUCCAAAAAUGAUGCAGUAGAUACUUUUAUGUGUGAUGUUAAAAUCAGUGGUAACACGGAUUCGGAGAAUCCUACUCUUAUUGUUUCAUCACCUCCAAAGUCACUAACUAGUGAAAAAUUAUCAUCGUCGAUGAUUUAUACAAAAAAUAUAAAUGAUGUCAAUAUUGAUACAGAAACAACUAAAUCAUCUUCUGAUAACAAUGAACGUUCAUUGGAUGCACCUGUUGAAAUUGUAGAUGCUCCUACUACAAAUACUCGGAAAUAUUAUAAUGAUAAUGGUGUUUUGGUAUUAAAGAAAGAUAACGCUAUAAACGAUAGACUUAAACCGGCUGUGAUUAAACGACUGAUAGAAAAAGACAUUUCUAUAGAGAAUGAAAUAUGUGAAAAAAGCGAUGGUAAAAAGAAAAUCUGUGAUUUAAAACCACAACCUUCAAUUAUAGAAAGUAUCACAAUAGAUUCUCAGUGUAACUCCAAAGACGAGAUAGAUAGCCUAAAUCUUAGUAAGACUGUAGAAGAAAAUAGCACAUCUGAGAACGUAGUUGUCUAUUUUAAAAAUAAUCAAGAUGAGCACGGUGAUCAGAAUACGUUGGUUAAUAAAAAUGUAAAAUCCGCUUGUGUAAAAGAAGAACAAAAUCUGUCUACGAAUUCUUAUUUAGAAAAAACUGGCGAAAGCCGAAAUAUAAGCGCUAUUGAAUUAGAAAAUAGUAAUACGAAUAAAAAUAUAGAAUCUGAGAGAUGUACAAUUUUAAAAUCACCUAUUAUUAAUGCAUACGAUAAAAAAGAUAUUCUAAUAAAUAAUGAAAUCUUAGAUCAACAGCAAAUAUUUUGCGAAUCACAAAAUCAUUCUGAAGUUUCUUGUCCAGGAUAUUUAAAUAGUACAAUAAGUUUCAGCGUAAUGAACGGAGACGAUUCAGAUGUACAAGCUGAAGUUGAAAUUGAUAACAGUAUCGAAGUUGACGACGAUAUGAACGUCGUUAAGUCGAUUGAUUUUGAGAAUAAAAUCUAUGAUACGGAAGAAAAUGUAAUUAAUAUUGCUAAGAAUACGGCAAUUAAUGAUAAUGAAAUUAAACGUAUGUGCAAAGAAGACACUGUAAAUAAUCAAUAUGUAAAUCAAUCUGUAGAAUAUGACAAACAAAUAUACAAUGAUAACGACUCUGCCCAAAAAGAUGUUAUAGAAAAUCUAGAUAAGAGUAAGUCGCCUAGUUAUACCGUAUCACCGACUAUUUUUCAGAAAGAUGUACAACUAUUAAAACAUUCUCAUGAUAGUAAUAUAAUCAAGAAUAAAAAUAAGGACACUUAUGAAAUUGAAGAAAUAAACAACGAUUCUAAAAUAUCUGAUAAGGGAUAUAUUCUGCAUUGUACUGAGUUAAAUACCGAAGAAAAUAUUGAUGGUCUUUCCUUAUUAGCUAGUGUAUCGCAACAUGUGCCACACUUAAAAGCUGAAUCCGAGAAACAAUGUGAUCAAAUAAAAGUUAAAGAUUAUGCAGUUUUAAAAAAUAUAUCAUCCAAUGAAGUAAUCGACGACGAAACGGAUACCAAUGAUUCGUCUAAUACUAUAUCACAAUUUUGUAAAAAUCCUACAUCUGAAUUAAUUAAACGGAUCGUUGGAGUUUACCCAGAGGAUGGUGUUUAUCCGAAAAAAGUUGAACUUUGUGUUAAUUUAAUUUCUGCUAGCAGUGAAAAUGCCACAAACGCUGAAAAUACAUCUUCCGUUAAUAACGUUCCUCGUAUUUUCCAAGGUUCUAUGAAUUAUGAAACAUCGGAUACGAUAUCAAAUGUUAUGGUUCCGCUCGAGAACAAUGUACAAUCAACUAAAGAAAAUACGAAUGUUAUACACAAUGGAGAAACAGUUGUAUUGUUGCAAAAAUCUCCUAAUAGUAAUUUGUACAUCAUCAACAAAGCUGUUGAAAAUGCAAGAAAUCAUAAUGACAAUGAUACGAAUAAAAUAACGGAAAAAUCUUGGGUUUCACCACUUUCAGAAAAUGGUUCGUCUUACGAAAUUGUUAAUGCUUUGGAUCAUAAUUUCAUACAGGAAAAACAUUCUAUUGGUGGAAAAACGAAUAUUAAAAUAGAACCUAAAGAAGACAAUGCUAUAUUAAAUCUGGAAGAAAAAGAAUUGUACACGAAGAAAAUUUCUCAUAGAACAAAUAGAUUAUCUAAUCUUCAAACAACUUUACAAGAUAUCGAUGCUGCAAACGUAACAAUAGUUAACGAAAGCAACGAUAAUAAACAUAAAUCCUCAUCAAAAUCUGUUUCUGCUUGUAGACGAAAUAUUAAACAAGAAUUUACUACGCUUCCUCCCAAUCGAAUUCCAACUAAUUAUACUGUGCAAGGAUAUGCAGGAAUGCACUCACAUUCGCACGAAACAAUUGAAUCUCAACACCCAUUACAUAUUCCUGCAUCUCAUCCUACCGCAUUACCACAGUCAAUAUGUAGCAAUUGUUCAGCUGCUACAGAUUUAUGUAUGCCAUAUCACAAACACUGUAAGUCUGCCUCUUGUAGUUUGCAAAUAAAUACUACCGCAUCUUUGCACUCUCAUGUAAAUUCAAACAACUCUUGUGGAAGAUCGCAUUGUUCUUGCUUAAAUUAUACAUAUGAUAUAGUUACGCAUUGUCGACAAUGUAUACACCCUGGUACAGAUUCUCACGUAUCGUGCAUUGAAAGUAACUCAUAUUUUUUGCCUACGCAUUCGUCAGUACAAGCAUCCACCGUCCAGGAACAUGACAGGACGAAAAAUGAAACUGUUAUAGGAAAAUUGUAUGAAGAUAACAUUGUAUGUAAAGUCGAGAAAGAUCUUUUACAGAAUAAUACAUUAGAAACAAUUGAUAUGAAAUGCGACACGUCAAAAUUAAGUAAUACUAAUUUCAAUAUUAAAUUACCUCUUAAGAAAAGAAUAAAGGCCCAUGCCAUGAUGUCAAUGCAUUUCAAAGAAAAACAAAUAAAAACAGAAAAAUUAGAUAAUUAUCCUGGUACACCUAUGAUGUCCAUAGCAGCUUUAGAACCACUUGACACAAUACAAAAACAUCAGGAUCAAAUCGUAAAACCAGUAUUUCCAUUGUCUCCUAACAGAAAAGAUGAUAUACAUGGUAAUUAUCAUUUUACUGCUAAUUUAGUAAGACGAGAUUACUGUAAGGAUAUUCACGAUACCACAACACACGAAUCUAACACAACAGCAUGUCAAGAGUCUUACCAUCAAAGAACAUUUAAAACACCUGCACAGCGUAAAGAAAUCGCUGCAUCCGAGUUAACAGCGAUCAAACGAUUUACAUCAGAAACUAUGGCGACAGAUGUACCUUAUAAAAAAGGAAAAAAAAUCCAAUCACCAACUAGAAAAACAAGAAGUUCGAAAAGAAAUGUACCUAAGGUAAAUUAUUCUUACACCGAUAAUGAUCCAGAAUCGGACUUAUCGGGUGUAUUGAAACGUAAACGUAGGAAAAACAGUCGAUAAUUACUACUGUUUGAUUACGAAAGUCAUUAUUGUACAUGAUACAGGAAUAAUAAAUAAUGAGAUGAAGAUAUGACAUAAGUGACAAAAAUUGUGAAUGUUUGUAAAUCCCAUAAAUAUAAUGUGCAUAUGUGUAGAUAUGAGUUCUCAUCGUUGGAAGAUAUUAUACAUGAUAACAGCAUAUAAAUGGAAGAUCGACUAUGGAAAACGUCACUGAAAUUUAUGAAAAUUCCCUAAAGUAUCUUCGUGGAAGAUUUUUACGAAGCAAAUGAUUUUUUUUUUUUUCCUAGUUAUCACAAUAUUUAAUUACUUAUUAUAGUAAUGUGUGUGUGUGUGUGUGUGUAGAGAAUUUUAAGACUGUUACUUCUAAAUUUAUGUGUUUGUAUGAUUAAUUAAUUAAUUGAAGUAAAAAUUGUGUUCGAAUAAUGUAAUGUUAUAUUGUAAUAAUUUAUUUUAAGUUUUUUUAAAUUUCAUUCCAAUCAACAUAUAUAUUUCUUUAAAAUUAUAUCGUUUUAUCACUGCUGUGAUUAACUUAUUAAAAAGUUUCAAAAAUAUAUAUAUCUAAAAAUGUAAUUAUGUACAUACAAAAAUGCCAAAUUAUUCUACUUUACACGCGCAUCGUAUUAAUUUAAUUACGAGAUUAUAGCAAAAGAAGAAAGUAGAUUGGGAUAUAUAUGAAAAUUAAGUUAAUGAUUGUUAUGAUCAGCAGUGUUAUACUCAAAUCAUAUAGUACCAAAACUGCGUCGAGAAUGAAUCGAAGUCACGAGACAAAGUUUACAAAGAUCUAUUAUUUGAUAAAAACGUCAAGAAUAUCAACUUUUAUAACUGUGUGAUGUCAAAAAAAUUGCCAAAUGAACCAAAAAAUGACAUGACAAAAAAGAUGGAGAUAUUUUGUGUCCUCCAAAAUUUUAAUCUGUCCAUUUGUUUUAUAUAUACACAUAUAAAUAUAUUAUAUAUAUAGGAGAUUCCACAUAAAUAAAUGUUGGAAUAAAGCAAUUAUGAAUUAUCAUGCACAGGUAUCGAAGUAUAGUAUAAAACUAGUCAAUUAAUUUAUUUUAUAUUUACCGAAUAUCAGCUUUAAUUUUAAAUAAUAGAAGAUCUUCUU